UGAAACUCCUCUUCUCGAACAUUCAUCUUUCUCCUCCACACUACAGCUUCCAAAACGUAGAUUGGUAAUCGAUUUGUCUCCCCUUUUUUUCAUCUUCAUUGCCCACUCUGUUCUUUCAAUUCAAUGACUUUAAUCACCAAACCCCUCAUAUUUUCUUACUCCACUUCACCAAUUUAUGGAGAUCCGUUUCAAAUAUGCCUAUAUAUGAUUAACACCCACCACCACACCAUCUCUCCAUCUCUCGCCCACAAAAGUACUGAAAUCAAAAGAUGUCACCACCAGCCUCUUCGAAGCCUCUCACCACCAAGACGUUUGAUGGCCGUCAAGGAGAUUUUUGCAAGGAUGAAAUUCUGGUCAGGCUCAUUCACUUUUGGGAGGCUCGCAAUUUCAGACAAGGGAAUGCACUGAUGGGUGUAGAACUACUCCUUAUUGACACAAAUGCAACAACAAUUCAAGGAUUCAUAUCCGCCAAUCGGCUAUUCCGCUACAAAGACAAACUCAAGCGUAACUCAAUUUACAAACUCAGCAAGUUUGUGUCCAACCCUUCCAAGAAACUCUACAGGGUGGCAUCGCACAAGUACGGCAUCAGCUUCACCGACCAAACACUUUUUGUGGCGGAAAAUGCAGAAAACUCUGAAAUACAUACCCAGCAGUUUAGGUUACGCCAUUUUGAAGAUUUGGCAUCAAUGGUGGACAAACACACAGACCUCUUCGACAUUGUAUAG